AAAAAAAAAAAUAAUAACCAAAAGAGGCCAUACGUUGAACGAUGAAACACCCGAUUUCGCAAUGAAAUGAUAAAACAAAAAAGAAUUAAACCAAUACGUUUUUCAAUGUCAGCAAAAAAAUAAUUCACGUAAAGACCCCAAUUCAAAUCUGACGAAAAUUGCACUCUAUAGCAAAUGUGCAUAUCACUAAACAAUGCGUUUAUGGUUAGUUCCACUUGUAAACCCUAUUUUCUGAUUGACCAUUGAGCCAUUUGAGACAUUCAAGUUUGAACAGCGAAAGUGAAUAGUUCUAUCACCUCUUGAUCAGGUGGAAUUAAAAAAGUUAUAGUGAUAGUUUGAAAAACGAUGGCAAGAAUAACCAAGUAUUUAUUGCUUGCGUUGAUCGUGGCAGUGGCUUUCAAUCAUGCAGUUAAAGCCCAGGAAGAAGAACCAGCAGCUGAACCAGCUGCAGAGGGAGAAGUUAGUGCUGCAGCAGCAGAAGAACCAGCCGCUGCUGCUGAAGAGGAAGCUGCACCUGCAGAAGAACCUGCAGCGGUGGAGCCCGAGGUGGGCGAUCCAAUUGAAGAAGACAAUUUCACACUUGGCUCAAUUAAAAAAGUUGGAUCAUGGUUGUCGAAAUUCGGUUGGUGGAAUAUUUGGAAAGGAAUUGGUUUGAAAAAAGCAGGCGAUUGGUGGAAGUGGGAUAAAAUCUUCAAAGAAGACUGGUGGAAGAAAAAAUGGUUCCUCUUGGGUUCUCCUCUUGAAGAAGAAGAAUCGCGAAUGAUGUUGGUUUUAUCCGAUCCUGAGGCCAAAUCGAUGGGUUUAAAUGCAGAAGAGGAUGAUGCCACUUACUUUCUAGCUCCCCCAGGUUUUGAAAAUGAACUUGCAAAGAGAGGAAUCGCAGUCAAUCCAUCGAUUGUACCAGCUACCAAAAAACAAAAAAAGCAACAUCUACAACAAAGACCAAAACAGCAACCACAACGACCACAACAGCAGCGACCACAACAGCUACCACAACAACGACCACAACAACAUCAACUAUAUAAUCCUUAUCAGCUUCAUAAUACACAACAUGCUCAGUCAUGGUUACAAAGAGCUUUUCCAAGCAUCGACGUAUACGAUCGUGAGGGUGGACAAGGAUCUGAAAUUGAUUAUAUUCGUAUGAAGCCAAAUACGCAGAGCCCAUCAAGGAGCUUAGUUGAUUCAUUAAAGCAACAGAUUCCAGAUAUUAUUCCUCUUGGGCCAUCAGUUCCAAAUACCCCCAUGUAUGCUUAUGAUCAAAGUGGGGUCAUGCAACUACUUCCACAAGAACAGCAUCGACAAUAUCAGAUGAUCAAUGAGGACACACAGAAUGCAGCCGUUCUUCAGGAGUAUCAGCAAGCGCGUACGGGUUUCCAAGAAAUGACUAAAAUUCAAAAACCCGAGCUAUCGAAAACUACUCGUGCCAACUCAAAUUCUGAACCAGAAGGACUUCUUGUCCCAAUCCCUUUUCCCAGAAGUAAUUCAAUAAAAACUAAAGAGGAGAUCGAGAGGGCCCUUAACAGCGAGCAAACUCAGAAGAUGCUUGAGCAGUACGCGAGAAAGAACUGGAAAACUAUCAGAAAAGAUGCCAUCAUCUUGAAGUUUGUACCAAAAACUGACAUGGAAGCACGCCCAUCGGUUAAGCGACAGGCUACCUUGACCAAGGAAGAAAUACCAACAAAAAUCUCUCAACCACGACAAAUGAUGGGUGAACACUUGCCCGAACAAGUUAAUUCAGCAUACGCCAAAGAUUUUCAUCAAUGGGCUACGCAGCAGGAGAGAACGAUGCAAAUGCAGGAUCAACAGCAGCGAUCCCGCCAAAUGAACCCAGUUCAAAUGCAACCUGUUUCAGUACAACAGCCACGUGAGGAAAUUUCUCAAAUGACAAUGCAACAAAUGCCUAUGAUGCAACAGGGUAUAACAACACUUCAAGAGCCUCGUCAAAUGAUGAUUCAAACACCACAACAAACUCCAAUAAUGCCUAUUCAAGAUCCACGACAAGCUCCUCAUGAGCAUACACCUAUGAUGCAACAACAACCGGUUAUGCAGCAACAAAACCCGACCAGUCAACAACAAACAAUGAUACAACAAGAACCACGACAAUGGGUUCAAGAACAACCAUCAAUGCACCAAAUACCGCGUCAGUGGAUUCAAGAACAACCGCAGCAACAACAAAUGAUUAUUCAACAAGAAAUCAUACCGCAACAGGAGCCAAGACAAUGGAUUCAGGAGCAGCAAUGGAUGCCAGUCGAUCCAUCUAUUCUUGAAGAACUUAAGCCCCGUCAGAUGACCCAUCAAACUAUGGAUCACACUAUUCAAACACAACAGAGAACUGAAGGCCUAACCGUUUCCGAUGAAGGCAAACUGGACAUGAAGGAAGAUCAGCAUCCGAUAGUAUCGGAGAUGGGACCACAAACUGAAGAUAAUGCUCGUUUCUUUAAAAAAGUUUUAUUGAAAUCAAGACCAACCUCUGGCGCUCAUUAUGAAACUCAUAACUAUAACGUCUACACUUCGGGCUCUGGAGGCUAUGGAGGUGGCCAUGGAGGUGGCUACGGGGUAGGUUCAAGCUAUGGCUCAGGUAGCGGUUAUGGUGGUGGUUCUGCUGGCUACGGUGGAGGUUCUGCUGGCUAUGGUGGAGGUUCUGCUGGGUAUGGAUCAGGGUCAGGCUAUAGUACUGGAAGCUAUGGUGAACAGAGUUAUGGAAGUCACGGUGGUGGUUAUGGUGGAAGUUCUGGAGGCUAUGGCGGCGGCCAUAGUGGAGGUCAUAGUGGCGGCUAUGGAUCAGGUCAUGGUGGUGGCUAUGGAGGAGGCCAUAGUGGUGGCUACAGUUCAGGACAUGGUAGCAGUUAUGGUUCAGGUCAUAGUGCCGGCUAUGGUGCAGGACAUGGCAGCAGUUAUGGUGGUGGUCAUGGUGGUGGAUAUCGCACAGCUGAAAUGGGAGAAAACCCAACGAAUAUAAACAAGCACCAAGAUCCAAACCCCUAUAGCAGUAGUACCAUUGUUCACACUUAUCCAAAAAUCCUUCAGCACGUAGAUGAAACAAAAAUGUUGUCCUAUUCAAGCGAAUCGCCCCAGAAUCAACUAGCAGAAACUAACUCAGAAGACAGUGGAAAUCAAAAUGAAAGAACAAUCACUGAACAACUUUCACCAGCAGAUAAAGCGUCAAGAUUUAGAUACCAAGGAUGUUUUGGUAAUCAAGAGGCACCAUUUGUAGGUGAAAUAAAUUUUUUCUCAUAUACACCAGAUGUCAUGCAACCGUUUAUGGGUUUGCGUGAUGUUGAUCGGGAAGAUGAUCCAUGGCAUCGACCACAUAGCUAUCAUGAUGGCAAUCUUUAUCAUUACUCAACUGGACGGAAUCGUGUUCGUCGUGAAUCUGCUGCUUCAUCAUUUGGUUCGACUAAAAAGAUGUAUUUAUAUGAGAUCGGAGAUUAUUCUCAAUGGAAAGCAAAAAAGCAAUUGGAACAGAUCAUCAGUGCUUUGAAGGAACCAUUUAAUUUUAAUCCAUCUCCUAAUGGUUAUCCAUUUACAUUUUCACCAUUUCGAUCAACUUCUGGUACGACGACAAAAAUUACAAUAAAACCACCAGUUGUCAAUUAUUACAAAAAUGAUGAUGAAGAUAUAAUUAUAGAUUCGGGUGUGGGACAAAGAAUGGACAAUAUAUUUUAAUUAAACAAAUUAACAAAA